UUCCUUUCUCGUAAUUUCAAUUCCUUUCCUAGCUUCACAUAUUUAAACUCUUUCAUCUCCACACACACACACACACACACACUUUUUCUAGAUUUCGAUUUCUAGUUUUAUGUAUUAGAAUUGAAAAACAUGAGCAAGAAGAGCAUGUACCAGAAAAAUCUAAUGAUAAGGGUCAUCACAACGCCUUAUAAAGCCCUAUGCAAAGCCAAAGAUUUGUACAUCAGAAGCAUCACCAGUUGCGCCAACCGCACUACCUAUGGCGGUUCAGCCAUCACCUUCGGAACCCAAUUGCCCAGAAGCAGCAGCAGCAGCAGCAGCUCCUGCGAUGAAGAUCUGAGGGAGCUUAUCCGAGCCAACUCCACAACUAGGAUGGGAGAUCUUAGCAUAAACAGCAGGGCAGAUCUGGACUUGUAUAUAAAACAGCACAUAAUGAUGGCGUCUCGACGGGUGCCAAGGAGUGCCAGUGUGGGAAUGGGUAGGAUUGAUGAAGAGGCUCCGGUGUCCAACUUUGGCGAUGAGGAUAAACCAGAGAUGGGCAGCAGAAAGGCGAAGAGUGAUCAUUUGACAUUUUCCAGGAGCAAAUCAACAACUGCUAAAAUCAUCCAUAGAUAUUCAUGAGGAAUUUCUUUCAUUUCAUGCUUGUAAAAUUCAUAAAUUUCUUCUACUUCCAUUAAUUCACAACCAUCGGAUCACUUUUUACCA